AUGCUUGCAACUCUUGUUGUGACUGCGAGGUCCUGUUUCAGUCACUGGCGUCAGACGGACGCUCGACACCGAGUCAAACCUUUUUCACCUUCUCUUCUACAACGUAAAUAUUGAUUGAAACGCGGAGCAUUACCGAGCUGCUUCAGGCUGCUUCACGUUGAAAGUCCUCCGCGGGACUUAAGGAAAUCCUUCGCCAUGUCACUUUGAGGGUUCCGACGGAUUUUUUUUUCUUCUCGCUUUUACUUGCCGACAUUUGGAGAUAUAACUUUUCCCUCUGUUAUAUCAAAGACCAUCUCAUAAAAUAGACCAGCCCUGUGACCUUCGCUGCUUUCUUCAACGGUACAUUAAGCGAAUACCAGAUAAUUUGCUUCAACUUCAGGGGUCCUUUCCAACUUUUUUCCUUUUUCUUUGAAUGCGUUGCAAAUAUGAUGAUGUCACCGACGCCACUUUUUCCUGAAGUUAUGGCGGAGCGCAACUUUUCUAACUUCUCUUGACCAUUGCGAGUAUUUGACUUAACUAAUGGAGCACCUCCAGGGAGCGUGGAAGACCCUGAGCAACGGCUUCGGAAUGAAGGACUCUUCGUUUGAGGGCCCGUGCCUCUCGCCAACCAUGGUCCAGGGUUUUCCCUGCCAGCGACGCUCCUCAGAUGACAGCAAGAUGCCAGACUCCAAGACUAGCAGCACUAUCCGUGUCUACCUCCCAAACCAGCAGCGCACUGUGGUAAAUGUGCGACCAGGUCUGACUCUGUACAGCUGCUUGAUAAAAGCAUUAAAGGUGCGAGGUCUGCAGCCUCAGUGCUGCGCUGUCUUCAGGCUGCAUCCAGGGCAGAGGAGUAAAAAGCUCCGGAUGGAUUGGAACACUGACUCCACCUCGCUUAUUGGAGAAGAGCUGCUGGUGGAGGUUUUGGAUCACGUUCCCUUGACAACACAUAAUUUUGUUCGGAAAACAUACCUGAAACUUGCAUUCUGUGAUAUUUGCCAGAAGUUUCUUUUGAACGGUUUCCGUUGCCAAACCUGCGGCUACAAGUUCCAUGAGCAUUGUAGCACCAAAGUACCCACGAUGUGUGUGGACUGGAGCAAUAUCCGACAACUUCUGCUGUGUCCAACACCUGGUGAGAGCUCCGGCCCGUCACUGCCCUCGCUGACGUCCCGUCGAAUGAGAGAGUCCUUAACUCGGUUUCCAAGCUCUGCCCACCGAUAUUCCACCCCUCAUGCCUUCAACUACACCACGCCCUACCCACCCACAGGCGGCGGUCUCUCCCAGAGGCAGCGCUCCACCUCCACGCCAAAUGUCCACAUGGUCAGCACCACCUUGCCUGUAGACAGCAGUAUGAUCGAGCUAGACUGCCUGAAUACCUUCCCCAGCUCGUGGUGCCAUAGAUUCUGGCUGAAGAGGAAAGUAGGUAUUGUGCACUUCCCCCAGUCUUAUGUUGAGGCCUCACCUGAGAGUCCAGAAAAGGAUGCGAUGCGUGAUCAUGACUCCGCUGGCAGUUCCCCUAACCAGAGCCCUACUGGCUGGUCCCAGUCUCAUUCUAAAGCCCCUGCACCUGCCCAGAGAGAGAGGGCCACAUCCUUCAACACUCAGGAGAAAAAUAAAAUCAGGCCUCGGGACAAGAGGGACUCGAGCUACUACUGGGAGAUCGAGGCCAGCGAGGUGUAUCUGAACUCCCGCAUCGGUUCAGGCUCCUUUGGAACUGUAUACAAAGGGAAAUGGCAUGGUGAUGUAGCAGUGAAGAUCUUAAAGGUGACUGACCCCACACCAGAGCAGCUACAGGCAUUCAGAAAUGAAGUGGCAGUCCUGAGAAAAACACGACACGUCAACAUCCUGUUGUUCAUGGGCUACAUGACGAAAGACAACCUGGCCAUUGUGACCCAGUGGUGUGAGGGCAGCAGUCUCUACAAACACAUUCAUGUUCUGGAGACUAACUUUAAGAUCAUCCAGCUCAUGGACAUUGCCAGGCAGACAGCUCAGGGCAUGGACUAUCUGCAUGCAAAGAACAUCAUUCAUCGAGACAUGAAGUCCAACAACAUCUUUUUGCAUGAAGGGCUAACCGUGAAAAUCGGUGACUUCGGUCUCGCUACGGUGAAGGCCAGAUGGAGCGGCUCCCUUCAGGUGGAGCAGCCGUCUGGAUCUAUUCUCUGGAUGGCUCCUGAAGUUAUCCGGAUGCAGGAUAACAAUCCCUACAGCUUCCAGUCCGAUGUCUAUUCCUAUGGAAUUGUUCUCUUUGAGCUCUUGACGGGAGAGCUCCCGUACUCCCACACAGCAAACAGAGACCAGAUUAUCUUCAUGGUGGGAAGAGGCUACUUGUCACCAGACCUCAGUAAACUCUACAAGAACUGCCCCAAAGCCAUGAAAAGGUUGGUGGCCGACUGCAUCAAGAAGUCCAAGGAUGAAAGGCCGCUUUUCCCGCAGAUCUUGUCAUCCAUUGAGCUUCUCCAGCAUGCCCUCCCUAAGAUAAACCGCAGUGCCUCAGAACCGUCCCUGCACAGAGCCUCUCACACUGAGGAUAUCAAUGCCUGCACUCUGACCUCCACCAGACUGCCUGUUUUCUAGAGGCUCGGACUGCACUGCCCCUCCUCUUCUCCAUCUUUGAAUUAUCCAAAAUCGGCUGACUUCUCUACCUACAGAUGCCAAUUUAGACCUACAAUUGUACAAGCAAUCAUACAUAAACCCAUGCUAAUCAAUGAAAUAUGUAAAAAAAAAUUAAGAGAGGAGGAGGUCCACCUGAGAUUUACAGCGGAAGGGAGUGCAGGCUGGCAGGAGAUACCUCGAGGAGGUCCCUUGCUUAUCGCUGCAAUUAUAAAGAAGUUUGCAAAGGCUCCAUGGUGCCAAUGCAUUUGGUAAUGUAAAAUGCAUUCGGUUUUGUAAAUACAUGCACGCACACCUACCUAAUACAACAAUAAAUGAACACUGAAGGAAGUUAAAGAGAAAGACAGAUACUGUAUUUUUCUCUUGACUCUGGUUCUACGAUGUGAAGAACACCCUUCUAUGUUGCCGUCCUGGUUUCUGAUGAAGAGGACCUUUGAAGCUUAAAUGCCUUAAGAGGAAACAAAGCCUGGACUUAGAUCCCGCACAAUUCACCACCUCCUCAUCACAAACAGAGUCGUUGGAUGUAGUCCGUUUUGUUGCACAGUAAUGUUUUUGGUUUUUUUGCAUUGUCUUAAAUGAUAAUGGAGUAGAUAUGGGAAAUUAUUGUCUUUUUGUUAUGUUGUUCUUUUAAUAGUCUUUAUUCUUUGGGUCAUUCUGCAGGAAUUCUAGCCGGUCAGACAGCGAGCAUGAGUGGUGAUUGGAAGAAAACUGGAUUUGCACAGUUUAGCAAAAGUUUUAUUCCAACGGUCUCCUCACAUUGGCUUCACUGCUCACUGCGCGAGUAAACGUAUCUGUAGAUUACCACACAUUCUCAUCUGUCCUCACUACGGGAAGAAGGUUACCAGGAGCUGGAUAUUUGGUGGUUGUCUUAAAUAUUUAAAAUGAUUUGGAAACUAAUUUGUAUUUGUUUAUCAUGUCUCUUUCAGGAGGUUAAACGUUUUAUUGUGAACUUGGUGAGAGAGUUGUUUAUUCAAUAUUUUAAUAAAAUUAAGUUAAAUUCCUUUGCCAAAAAAAAGUGUUUCUUUUUUUCUACUUCUUUUGUCACAUCCAACAACAGUUUAAAACUUUGUGUGGCCUCCUACUGUACAUCACCUCGGCUUGAUUUUAGAGCAGAAAUAGAAGCAGGUGAGGCGAGCAGUUGACACCAAAUUAACUGCUUUUCUCCUCGUUCACAAACAUGGUAAAAUCCCACACAUGUGCAAGACUUUGUGGCACGGUGUAAUGUUUGCUGUAGCAGUGGCAACGUGGUGUAACCUCACAGGGGAGCCAGUCGAGACACGUCAAUGGGGUAUUCCAGCAUUGGCUGAUGUGCACUGCAGAGCCACUGGCAGUAUCAGUGGAACAGAAGUCAUUCAGCAAGGGAGGACGUGAUGGAAAGAGAGGACAGUUCUAUUUUGUUUAAGUGUAAACAUCCAACGUGUAAAUCCUGCUGAGCCGGGCUGCUUUACUUGUUCACUCCUUAGAGCAGGUUUAUAGUAAAUAAAUGAAUAUUUGUUGUGACCUAAAUAUUGAGUGUAGAUUUUCCUCAUGUUUUUGAAUUGAGCUCAAGAGCAAGAAAGACGACGGACGAUUCUGUAGGAAUCCAUCUUUUUAAAUCACAUGCCUCAUCAGAGGGAAAGAAUAGGUCUGAUGUCUUUACAAAAGGAGCAAGACAAUAAGAGCUUAACCAUUGGCUGACCACGAGACGUCUAUUUUUACAGCCGUUUCGCUUCAUGUGUUUAUGUGUUCUAUUUCUGACAAGCCACACAGGCUGGCCAAAGUGAAACCAACAAGAACCCAAACACCCUACUACGUCCACACCCUACUGUAGCUCCACCUAGUGAGUGUCCCCGCACUUUGAAUGUCAAUUUUGUAUUAGUUAUAGUGUUUGUAUUAUCAGUAAACAGUAUCAAAAGUAAAACGACAAAUGAUGUCUCUGAGGGUUCAUGAGAGGAUCAUUGGGCUGGGAAAGUAAAAUAAAUCCAAAAUGAUACAGCAAACACUGAGACAACAGACAGAUACAAUGGUCCAUGUUUCAUUUUUUUCUAAUUAAUUCUAUAUUGUUUAUUGUUAUCUUUAACGUGUCAUAUUUAUGUAUUUAACACUUAUAUUUCACUUCCACUAUGUAUUGAUUUGGUAUACAUUUGUUGUUUUUUUAAAGCAGCCACAAGCUAAUAAUGUGUGGCUGUUCCAGAAGCUUGACUUGUUUAUGAUGCAAAUUGUUCUUAAAGUGAAUGACUGUACUGUUAAAUGUAGCUGAGUGAACAUGUGACAUGUUAAAGGUAGGGGAGUACAUUUAGAAAGUAAAAGAAAAACCCAGUUUAAACACCAUUACAUUUUAUUAUUAGAUUAUAUGAUUCAAUCUAACUCUCAGGAGUAUCAAAUCCAAAGUUUUUUUUAAUUAUGAAGGUCAGUUGGGCGCUGGUGGCUCAGUGGUUAGGGUGCCCCAUGUAUGGAGGCUGUGGUCCUCCAAGCGGGUGACCUAGGUUCAAAUCCGACCUGUGGCUCCUUUCCUGCAUGUCAUUCCACACUCUCUCUCUCUCUCUCCCUGAUUUCUGACUCUAUCCACUGUCCUGUCUCUUCAAUGAAUUGCACAAAACGCCCCCCAAAAAAAAUCA